UGGUACUCGACAUCAUCUUUCGGAUACUAUGCAGGCAGCGUAUCAUAAAGGAAUGCCGAAAGCUUUGUAUCGCCGGACCUUCGUCUACGUAUUUUGACACCCUUCGGGAUAGAGAACAUGGGCUGGUUAUUUGGGGGCCGUCGACCGAAUGAAAUGCGAGACCAACUUCGGGUCAUGAUAUCCAGUGCUAUUGAGAACCCGAUACUUGCAAAUGGCCGAUUCGCACCCCGUGACGGACUCGCAGCGAUUUGGACAGUGGAGACACUUGAAGCCUUCUUCCAGAGUUAUAAGCUAUCCUUUCCACCAGCGUCCAUCCGAAAAAUUCGCAGUAAUUUCCUGCAAACAAUAUCAAUUCUGAUAUAUAUCAACUGGGAUGGCUGGGCGCGGUUUAAUGAGAUGUUCUUUUUAUAUCAGGGGCCUGAGACAACUCGGGAUCGCACUGAUCGCAGAAUCAGACACUAUGAUAUCCAGACCUUGACUAGGGAGGACUUUCUAGGCCCAGAGGCUGGCGGCCCGUUCUUGGACACCCGCAGCAUCUUCUGCCCGAUCGAUAUCGAAGAAGGAAGCGUUUCGACUUGGGACGAUGGUUGGAGACUUCCGUUCCUUGCAGCAAAGUCCGAACGACGGGGAGGUGGAGGGUCUGGAAAGGUUACCAAGGAGGUUAUCGCGGCAAGGCACUACUGCUCAAAGAGCGGCAUUACAACGACCGAGGUCGAGGUUGCUCGCAAAGAGUUCAACUCCAAGAUCGACUUCGACAGGGAGAGACUGAACCUGGCUAAGCUUGCUAAAUGCAUCGCACAGCAUAAACAUGUGGCGCUUCCUAUUGCCACGAUUACCGUCGGGCACCAGCACAACAUGUUGUUCCCCCUGGCGCAAAUGGACCUCGAGAAAUUCCUCCAAGGACACUUGCAGCCACCAGAGAUGUGCGAUAUGAACGAUCUUCUCGACGAAGUGACAAAUGUGGUGGACGCUCUGGACCAUCUGCACAACCGGCUCGGUGUCUCCAUUCACGGCUAUCACAUGGACUUGAAGCCCGCUAAUAUCUUGGUUUAUCCGGAUUCUGAGCUGACGGAACGGCCAGGGGUUGGAAAAUGGAAGAUAACCGAUUUUGGCCUUUCCAUAAUCACCCCGGCGGGGAGGCGAGGUAGUGGAGAUGGCCUUGCUAGGGAUCGAGUCACCGAGACGAAGACCCAUCUACGGCGGAUGCAUGGCACUUACCAGGCACCGGAAGUUUGCAGUGGGCCUGGGCUAAGCCGGCGAAGCGACGUUUGGUCAUUUGGGUGUAUCCUGGUCCGGGUUCUUGCGUUUAAACUGGACGGGGUCGACGGACUUCGUGCUUUAGACGAUCUCCGGCGAAAGGCGGAUGAUACUAUUGGAUACUGUGAUAAUGAUUACUUCGCCAGGGGUGACCCGCCUGUGCUUAACCCGCAUAUUGAGAACUGGAUAAACGGCCUGGCGCAUCGCAGCCGAGAAGACUGCCCGGAGGAGUUCCUUAACGGCUGUGUGAAGCUACUCUUGUCCAUUCUAAAGAUCGACAAGAAUGCGCGCCCGUCUGCAUCGGAAGUCAAGGAAGAGCUGGGGUCCCUUAAAGCCCUUCUCAAUGUACAUCAACGACCCGCCUCGCCGUCAGAACCCAGUUCUGAAGAGGGGAGCUCUGAAUCCUUCCCCCCGUCGACCCAGCCCUCGACUCUAUAUGGAAAUAGUCUAGACCUAGCCUUUUCAACAGAGAGACUUGUUCAAGCUAUAAAGAACAACGACCUCAGUGGCAUUGAGCAAAUGUGUUGCCGCGGAACAAGGAAACGAAGAAGUUGUUCAGUUCCUACUUAACGCUGGGGCCAAUGUUGAUGCAAAAUCUGCAGGGGGCAAAACCCCCCUAUUAAUAGCAGUACGAGAAGGACACGAUAGGAUAGUCCAGAUCCUCCUAGAUCAAAGCGCCAGCUGCACGGCGUUCUCCAAUG